CGCCAGGCAUCGCGGCGGGUGCGCUCAGUCUGGCGGCGGCGGCCGUGCGCGAACGGACGUCCCUGGAGCGCUGCAGCCGCCCAGCCGCCCAGCCGCCCGCAGCCUCCCGGCCGCACGGGCAGCACCGCCCGCCCGCCAUGGUGUCAUGGAUCAUCUCCAGGCUGGUGGUGCUUAUAUUUGGCACUCUUUAUCCUGCAUAUUAUUCAUACAAGGCUGUGAAAUCGAAGGACAUUAAAGAAUAUGUCAAAUGGAUGAUGUACUGGAUUAUAUUUGCACUUUUCACCACAGCAGAGACAUUUACUGACAUCUUUCUUUGUUGGUUUCCAUUCUAUUAUGAACUAAAAAUAGCAUUUGUAGCCUGGCUGCUAUCUCCUUACACAAAAGGCUCCAGCCUCCUAUACAGGAAGUUUGUACAUCCCACGCUGUCUUCAAAAGAAAAGGAAAUUGAUGAUUGCCUAGUCCAAGCAAAAGACCGAAGUUAUGAUGCCCUAGUGCACUUCGGGAAGCGAGGCUUGAACGUGGCGGCCACAGCGGCGGUGAUGGCUGCUUCCAAGUUUUCUGGAUGCAUUGUUUUUAUAUCUUUGGGACAGGGUGCCUUAUCGGAGAGACUCCGGAGCUUCAGCAUGCAGGACCUCAGCACCAUUAGGGGAGACGGUGCCCCUGCUCCCUCAGGCCCCCCACCAACGGGGUCUGGGCGGGCCAGCAGCAAACACGGCCAGCAGAAGAUGUCCAGGAGUGCUUCUGAAAGUGCUGGCAGCUCAGUGUGUACAUGCUGCUCCACCUGCAGGACCCGGAAAGUGGUUGAGGGAGAUAUGAAUGAGGGUGGUGUGAAGGCCUGGGAGCCCCACCAGGUCCAAACCCCACUGGCGUUCUCUGAUGACGAGGAAGAAGACCUGCUGGAUUUCAUGUACAAGUAUAAGGCGCCUCGAAAGACGGAGUUCCCCCUGGAGGCACCGCCUAGAAUCCUUCGAUCUCGCUUCAGGAAGAAAAGUACCUCAUCCUCAGCCACUGAAACCACGUGAGUGAGAUGAGCCAACAACAGCACCGGAUACACAGAAUGUUUCUUCUCUGCCUUAAAGAGCUACUCACUAAUAACAUAGAAACCUGCAAGCUGGUGUGCUUUGUGUGCAGCCUCACAGACAUGGUCUUUUCUCUCUCUCCCCUCUUCCACUUUUAAGACACUUGUUUUUCCCUUUUCUUUGUUUUGCUGGGGAGAGGCUAAAGGCAAGGUAGCGUGUGGGGCUUGUGAUCUUUAAGUCUUCUGAAGUUGGAUUGUCAUUACAGACAGCGAUGUGUUUUUAGAAAUAUGAAAGAAUCACCCCCACGCUGCUGAGAUGGACGUUUGUAAUUUAUUUGUUGCAUACUUCGUUUUUAGUCCUGUAAAUGCAAACAAAGCAAUUUUUUAAAACUUCUUUUGUUCUUGGUACUAAUACUGUGGACUACAAUGUACAUAUUUAUGGCGUUUGGCUUAAUAUAGUGGGCUGGCAAGGGCUGCCAGAGGUUCUGAUCAUGUAAGAAAACUGCAGAAACAGAAGUGUAAAAAUCUGUUCUGAUUCUCAAGAAUGUCUUAGAUGUACUUACAAAGCUUCCAAAUACAGCUGCAGUCACACAUCCCUUCUCCCGUAGGACAAUGGUCCAUAUUCUUCAGAUAGUUGUUUAAUCAGUAUAUUAGAGAGGUGCAGAAUGAAGAGAGACAAUAGUGUCAUGACAAAGAUGAGUGUAAUGAGGUCAGGGCACAGCCUAGAAUCAGAGGAGUCACAGGAAGCUUGUCCUCCCCUUGGAUUCAGGAUGAGGAGCUUCUGAAUCCUCUCAGGGGGUUACCAUGUGCCUGGGCAGGCGGCUAACCCAUGGUCAAACUGUUUGGGGAUGUGGACUCACAGAGCUGUUGUGAGGGAUCAUUCUUAGUGUCUGGAAAGUUCCUUGAUAAAUGACUGUUUCUCCUCCAUAGCAACCUGUGCUGUGACUGAUUUCCCCAGGUAGAGGAGCCUACAAUCGGAGCACCUUUUUUUAGAGAACACUAAGCAAACACCAACCAACCAACCAACCAA